AUGUUGAAUCGAGAUUCAUCUUCUCAAAAGCCAUCCCUCUCUCAGGCUCUCUAUCUCACUAAACAUUCCUCCCAAAAACCCGACAUUUCCAUUGUCAACGCCCUUCAUUGUCUAGCCCUGAAAACAGGGUCUGUAGAUGAUACCCCCACUUCCACAUCGCUCCUAACUGUCUAUUCAAGAGCCGGCGAUUUGGGUUCUGCUCAAGCACUUUUUAAUGACAUUGUUACUAAAGACGUGGUUUCAUGGAACGUGAUAAUUAGUUCCUAUAUUUAUAAUCAUCGUGUCCAAGCUGCAUUGGCUCUAUUUGGAGAAAUGAUGAAAGAUAUAGGGGAAUUCGAUUUGACAACUCUUCUAGUUGUUCUAUCAGCUUUAUCUCGAUCGAAUAGCUUUAAACAAUGUCGUGUUCUACAUAGUAUAAGCUUUAAGCUAUGUUUGGAUUUGGAUUCUUUUUUAGUUAAUGCUCUUACUGACAUAUACGGGAAGUUAGGUGAUUUGAACUCUGCUAAAUCAAUGUUUUUGAGGAUUGAAUAUAGAGAUACCACAUCUUGGAAUUCAAUAAUGGUUGUCAAUGCACUUAUUUUGUUCUACUUAAAAUUCAAUGAUGUCAAUGCCGCUGAGAAGGUGUUCUGCAGAUUGAUUGUAAGAGAUGUGGUCUCAUGGAAUGCGAUGAUUGGUGGGUUUGCAGAGAAAGGAAGAGUUUCAGAAGCCUUGGGUCUUCUGCGAAAAAUGCAGUUAGAUGGGAUGGUUCAACCUGAUUUGGUCACAACAAAUACAAUUCUUCCACUCUGUGCCGAAUUGAAUCUCCCACAGCAAGGAAGGUGGAUUCAUGGGUUCACAAUGUGGAGAGGAUUGUGGUUGGAUUUGGCGGUGAUGAACAGCCUCAUGAACAUGUACUCGAAAUGCAACAUAUUGAGAUCUUCAAAGAUUCUAUUUAAGGCCAUGCCCAAUAGAGAUUUGAUUUCAUGGAAUACAAUGAUUGCUAGGUACACGCAAAAUGGGUUCUCAAAAGAAGCCCGGGUUUUGUUCCGAGAAUUGAUUGGUUCAGGUAUGCAAUGCGGUAUGUCUAUAGUCUUGGCCAUUCUACCCUCUUGCGAUUGCCAAGAAGCGCUUGAUUUUGGUGAAUUAGUUCACUGCUCGAUUCUGAAAUCUGGAUUUUUGAACAAUGUUUUUACUGUUAAUGCACUUAUGUUCAUGUACAUGAACUGUGGAGACAUGGUAGCUUGUUUCUCAUUGUUUCAGAGCAUUUGGGUCAUAGCAGAUGUGGAUUCUUGGAACACUGUCAUAGUAGGUUGUGUGCAAAAUGGUUAUCUAGGGGAAGGACUAGAAGCUUUCAAUUUAAUGCGUCAGCUUUCAUGUGUAAACUUGGAUCCUAUCACAAUGGUAAGCAUUCUAUCAGUAUGUGGCAAUCUUGGAUUGGUGUUCUAUGGAAAGUUUAUCCAUGGUUUCAUACUUAAAACAUUAAUGGAGCCAGAUCUUCGUGUGAGAAACGCAUUGAUAACUAUGUAUUGCAGAUGUGAUGAUAUUAAAAGUGCAGAAUCAAUAUUCUGUAGAAGUCAUUGUAGUAGGAACCUUCGCUCAUGGAAUUGUAUGAUUUCUGGCUUGGCACAGAACGAGAAUGGUAAAAGAGCCUUAAAAUUCUUUCAUCACAUGGAAUUUGAUCCAAAUGAAAUCACCAUUGUUAGUAUUCUAUCUACGUGUACACAAUUAGGAGCUUUGAGACAUGGCAUGGAAAUCAAUGGUUAUGCAUUCUGGUUUGGGCUGCAUCAGAAUGCUUUUAUAUCGGCAACCCUUGUAGACAAGUAUAGUAAAUGUGGAAGAUUGGAAAUUUCUGUCUGGGCGUUCAGGAAUUCGAUGGAUAAAUCUGUUGCAUCUUGGAAUUCAAUGAUUUCUACAUAUGGGUUUCAUGGGCACGGCAAAAAAGUGAUUGAACUGUUUUUCGAGAUGUGUGAAUCAGGCAUCAGGGGGACUAGGGGCACAUUCAUUAGUUUGUUAUCAGCUUGCAGCCACUCUGGGCUGGUUGAUGAGGGACAGCUUUAUUACAAUCUCAUGAUAGAGGAAUUUGGCAUUAAUCAGACAACCGAGCAUCAUGUUUGCAGCUGUUGGAAAGUGGCCCAAUGCAGUCAAGGUAAGGACAAGGGCUGA